AUGGCCUCUGCUUCUGGUUCUGCUCUUUGCUUCACUGAUGCUUCUAGCCCUCGCGUUAUCAGAUGUGAAGUUGGAGUUUUCUGUCUUGCUCCUAGGACAGUUAACUGGUUUGAAGCCUCGAGCAUGAGAUGCUGCGGCUGUGGAGGUAAUGAACUGAUCAGAUUACACGAGGAUGCUGAGAAUACAAAAAACCAAGAUUCUGACCCUGAUUCGACCAUUAUUGAAGUUACAUGUGGCGGCCGUCUUGGAGCUCUUCUUGACAUUAUGAAUGCACUCAUGAACUUGGGGCUGAAUGUUGUCAAGGUUAAUGUCUACCUUGAUUCUUCUGGCAAACACAACAAAAUUUGCCAUUACCAAA